UUAACCCCGAUCCCGAUAGGUUUUAUGCGAUAGGUUUUAUGCGAUAGUUCUGAUGCGAUAUACGACGGCGAUAAGUCAGGGGCAAUUAAUUCGGAUCGACAAGAAGAUGAAAGAGACGUAAAAUAAAGAAGAGAAUAAAAGUAAAAUAAGAACCGCGCCACAACUUCAGAAGUGGGAUACGCAAUCCAAAGCUACUUUAAAAACGCCUACAGUUAUUCAAAUUUUAAUCAAAGUCAGUAUGAACCCCGCUGCCAUUGAGAAGCAGCAGCUUUUGAACUGGAUGGACGGGCAAGGAAUUGCGCACUCGAGCAAUGCAACUUUGCGGCAGCUGCAGAAACUCGCGUACGAGAAUGGUUAUGUCCCUGAUCGUCCAACCAGCCCUGUAGUUCCGACCAAAUUGAAUGCUUCAGCCGACAACGACUCUGACAUUCCGGCCGACCCUAAUUUGGAAAACGACGCCGACACGCUGACGCCGGUGGUCGGCAAGGCACGCAUACCAGAAGAAGAAGAGUUAGAUGCCGCCAUUAGAAUAUUACAAAAAAGGGCUUUGCUCACAAAACUAAUGGCGGAGAGCAGCAGCGUCAAAGAAGUGAUCCGUGCAAUGGUCCCAUUUUCGAAUCCGAGGGACCAAGACGCUGGAUUGUGGAUUAUGAAAUUAGAGCGUGCUUGUUCUGCUGUUGAUGAAAGUGACGCCUACAAGCUACGAUGCGCACGCUUAUUAAUGGCACCAAAUUCAGAGGCAGACACAUUUAUGCGGCUUGACACUUCAGAAAAUUAUGAUCAAUUUAAAACCAACUUUCUGAAAACAUUUGACAAGGCAUGUUCGACAACCGAAUUAGUGAUGCAACUUCAGAAAACUUUCUACAUUCCGGCAAAAACAUCCGUUAUGGGGUACAUUUUGCAGAUGCAAGAGUUGGCGUUGCGUGCAAGUGUAUGUGAGAUUGAAGCAGUCCACUUUAUCAUCGACGGUUUCCGUGACACGUCGCCAGCCAUUGCCUUGCUGUAUGGAGCGAAGACCUUCAAUGAGCUUAAGGAAUUAUCUCAUCGAUAUGCAGACUUAAGAGCAAAAAACAAACCAAAGUGGAACUCAUCGACUAUCUCUUCAGCUUCAACUUCAGCUUCAACUUCAGCUUCAGCACAAUCUUCAUUAACAUCGAAUGGUGAGAUGCGAUGCUACAAUUGUUCGUUGGUUGGACACUACGCUUCAGAUUGCAAGGCUCCCAAACGUGCGAAGGGGUCCUGCUUCCGUUGCGGCUCUCUCAGCCACACUAUAAAGACGUGUCCGGAGCAAAAGUACACCAAAUCAGCAAUGGAACCGAAAACUCCCAGAGAUGAAGACAGCGACGAAUACCCAUUUGUUCCGAUAUUUGACCAGCGCCGUUAAUAUUGUGAGAGCUUCAACAUUACGAUUCCAAAACAUCAAAAAAUACACUCUUUUACCAUCAAACCUUCGUAGCGUCAACGGCUCACAUCUUUUCACUUACGGAAAAAUUUACUUACACGUAACCUACCAUGACAUUGAAAAUAUGAUUUUGUUUUACAUUAUGCCAGAUGAAUACAUGUCAGAAGAUUUGCUAUUGGGUAGACCUUUUUUGAAGAAGUAUAAGUUAAAAUUAUCAUUUUAUGAACAUCAUAAGCCCGAGACAAAUAAAAUUGAAAAUUUAAGUUUCAAAUUAAGUGAGAAAAAAACCAUUUCGCCUAGCAUAAUUGUUUCCAACGAUAUAGCCUUAGAUCAACUAACUCCCACGCAUCCGGUUGACACUGCUAAUAGUUAUGAACCCCUUCAAAAAUCAAAAACACCAAUUAAUAAUUCAGAAACAUUAGACCAUAAAUUAGACAAAUUAGGGAAUGAGACAGCAGGUAGCAUUAAAAAAAAACCCCCGAGUAACAGUGAACUUCCGAUAAGUAAUGCGCUUCUAGAUGUAAUUGAGCAAACUUCCGAUAUUCAGAAUAUUUACAAUAUAGAACAAAUUGACAUUGAGGAUUACAAUAUUGAUUACAAACUUAGUGAAAACUCGCGUAGUGAAAUCCGAACAUUAAUUGAAUUAAACUAUUUAGACCUGCCCAACAUACCAGCCAUUGAACAUAAGUAUGAAAUGAAGAUAAAAAUUAUGUCACAAGCCCCAAUAUAUUCAACACCAAGAAAGCUUUCAUAUCAUGACAAAAGAGUAGUUGACAAACUUAUUGAAGAAUUGCUGACUGAAGGCCACAUCAGACCGAGUGAUUCCCCUUAUACCUCUGCAAUUGUACUGACAAAAAAAAAAUCAGGUGAGAAAAGGCUGUGCGUUGAUUAUAGACAAUUAAAUAAGAUAACAGUAAGGGAUGGGUACCCAUUGCCACUUAUAAAUGAUUGCAUAGAGAGAAUGGAAGGUAAUAAGUAUUUCUCCCUUCUGGAUCUGAAAAGUAGUUUCCACCAGGUGAAGGUGGCAGAGAAUUCAAUUCAAUUUACAUCUUUUGUGACACCAAACGGACAAUACGAAUAUCUUAGCAUGCCAUUCGGUUUGCGAAACGCAUCAGCUGUCUUUCAGCGAUUUGUAAACAAUAUAUUCGGCCCAUUAAUAAAACAAGGAAAUGUAGUUGUAUACAUGGAUGACAUUGCAAUCGGAACAAAAACUAUAGAAGAACACUUUGUUGUCUUAAGUAAAGUAUUACGCCUCCUAGCAGAAUAUAGAUUAGAAAUCAAGCUAAGCAAGUGUCUGUUUUGUUACACUAGUAUAGAAUUUCUGGGAUUCACAUUAAGCAAGGAUGGAAUUAAGCCAAAUAAUGAUCACAUCACGACAAUUAAGCACCUUCCGAAACCUACUAAUUCCGCAGAUAUGCAAAAAUGUUUAGGACUCUUCUCUUACUUCAGGAGAUUCAUUCCGGGUUACUCGAAAGUUGCCAAACCAUUGCAAGCUCUGACAAAAACUAUAGGGAAAUUUGAGUUAGAUGACAAAUGUGUAACAAUAUUUAAUUAUCUCUGUGAGAGACUGGCCUCAGCACCAGUUCUAGCCCUGUAUAGUCCGACUAAGGAAACAGAACUGCAUUGUGACGCUAGUGCCGAAGGGUUUGGAGGAAUUUUAUUACAAAAACAGGAUGAUAACAAAUUUCAUCCAAUCUCAUAUUUUUCUCAAGCAACAACGCCAGCAGAAAGUAGGUAUCAUAGUUAUGAAUUAGAAACUCUAGCCAUAAUCUACUCAUUGAAUAAAUUUAAGAUUUACCUUGAAGGAAUACCGUUCCGAAUAAUAACCGAUUGUAAUGCCCUUACUCUAACCUUAUGUAAGAAAACUGUAAAUUCAAAAAUUGCUAGAUGGGCCCUUGAACUUGAAAAUUAUGACUACACAGUGAAUCAUCGAAGUGGUAAAAACAUGCCCCAUGUCGAUGGCUUAAGUAGAUACCCCACAAUAAGUCCAGAAUUCAGUUACGAACCAAAAGUUUCAGUUCAGGAAAACAAUAAUAAGGAUCGAAUAGUUUCAGUUAUAGAUAUAGAUGACAUCAAUUUUCAGCUUCAGGUCACGCAAAAUAGAGAUAGCACUAUAAUUCAGUUAAAGGAUAAGUUAGAAAGAGAACCAGUAAAAAAUUUCGUAUUGGA